AUGGAUUUUUUAAAAUCCUCAUUGUUGAUUAUAGUUAUCUUCCUAACAGGUAAUUGUAUAGAUUUAUGUAAUUAAUUUAUCUCUUAUUAAUAAUGUAUAAGUAGUGUGCAGAUUUAAUGUAUGUGGGAUUUAAUUAGAAAUAAUUGUCAUUAUACAAAUGAUUAUUUAUAGGGAUGUAGUGGUUUUUUAAAUGUUAUGGCCUGUUAAAAAUAAUUAGGAGUGCCUUCAGGAUAAAUUGCUAAAUGUAAGAGUUAAGAUUGAAUUAGGUCGAUUCAUAAAAUCUUGUGAGAAGAUCCCUGAUGAAUUAACCGAAAAAUGUUAUAAUAAUUUAUCAAAGUAUGGCUGUUUAUCUGUUAAAAAUACACAGUAAAUUUGUAUUUGGAAAAAUUAAUCGUGUUAUUUUAUAGAGAAGAAAGAAUAAUAAAGUUUAAUUUAAGAAAACUUUGAUGAGAUAAUGUAUAGUGCAUCUGCUUGUUCUUUGAUAGAACAUUAUUUAGUAAUUCAUAGUAGUUUAUUAUGGAAUCUAAUUUCUUAUAUUCCAGAUUUAAAAUUAGAAGCAUAUAAACAAUAAUAAAGAGAUUUCAAUAUUGAAUUUACUGAUACUAGAAAUUAUGAUGAUCCAAAUACUGCAAAAAUGGUAAAUAAUUAUUUACAGAAAAACGGAAAAUUUGUUUGGUAUAAAUUUGGGGUUUCUAAUUAAUAUAAUUUAACAAAUUGUAAAAUUUUGAUUAUUUAUAUUAGUAUAAAUAUCAAGUAGAUUAAGAGAAGGUUGUAUAGCAUUAGAAAUAUAAAAUGAUUAAGAUAUUUUAUCAAUUUUAAGUUUUUCAAAAGAAAUAAUAGGCGUUAAUCAUAUUUACUGCAAAUAUUUAAAUUAAAUUCCAAUAAAAAUAGAAAAAUAUGUAUUCUUAGAUAAUAAAUGUGUAAUAUUAGAUACAAAUAUAUUAACAAAUUAAAAUUUAAUUAAGUAGUAUAACUUGAAUUGUCAUUCAUUAGAUUAGAAUUAAUGUAUAUUUUUCAAUUCUAAGGAAUUUAAUUGUUAAAUUACAAGUGAAGAAAAUGAAUAUCCAUGCAUAGAAGAAUCAAUAGGAUUUGAAACUAAUUGUAUGAAUGUAUUUUGUACAAUAAAUCAAUGUUAAAAAUUAGAAAAUCAUUAUAUUGAACUUAGUACAAAUAUGUGUGUUGAUUAAUGUACUACAAUAUCAGAUAGGAUGGAAUGUUUAUAAAAUAAUUGUAUUUAUUUAGGAAUUAAGAGUUCACAAAAGUAAAUAAAUUGUGCACCUAAAAAUGUAUGCAAUUAAAUAAGUUUAACAAAAUAAAAUUGUUUUUUAUUAAGAGCUAAAUGUGAUUGGAUAAGUGAAGAUAAUAGAUGUUUUGAAUUAUAAGAUUAAUAAAUAUCAUAUAUGAAAUGUUAAGAUACUUAAAAUGCAUAUGUUUGCACUUUUAUUUCAUUAAGUGAUUAGAUGUGUUAUUGGUCUUAAGAAUUGAUGAAAUGUAUUAAUAUCUUAGAUUAACCACUUUUAAUUGGUCAUGAAAUAUUUAUAGAUAGAAACAGUAAUGAAAAUGAUGAAGAAUAAAUUAGUUUAAUAUGUAAUUUGAAUUUAUGUAAAUACAAUACUUUAAUAGCUACAGAAUAUGAUGAAGAUAAUAGAAUAUGUUUAUUCGAUUAAUCUAAAUUUAAAAAUAAUUUAAAUUUAAUAAACAAAUAUCAUUGUCUGUAAAAUUUAAAAGGUUUUUAUUAAUGGAAUUAGGAGAAGUAAAUUUGUUUUAAAAUAGAAUAAUCUUAAAUUAUUAACAAAAAUUGUAAUGAAUUAAUAAAUAUAAAUGAACGAUUUUGUUAAUUUGGUCUAUCAUAAUCAGAUUAUUUUGUUUGUGUUUAUGAUUAAAUUACAUACUCAUGUAUAGAAAAAACGAGAGUUGAAGUAAAUAAUUAUGGAUGUGUAGGUCAUGGAUUAUCAAGAGAGUUAUGUUUAAAUAAAAAUAUAGAAGGAUAAUUUUGCAAUUAUUCAGAUGGAUUAUGUAUAGAAUUAUCUAUUAAUAUGAUAAACAAUUUAAAAUGUGAUUUUUUAAUAGAUAUUAAUUAAUAAGUUUGUAGAAUGUAAUAAAUUAAUUAGAUAUUAUGUAAAUACAAUGAAUUGAAUCAUUCAUGUAUGUCUAUAAAUUGGAAUGAUAAUAUAGAAUAUAAUUAUAAUUUAAAUAAAUAUGCAUGUUCGGCAGUUACAGAUAGCUAUACAUAUUUUAAUGAAUAAAUAAAUAGAUGUAUAAAAUUGGAUAUAAAUGACAGUAUUUACUUUAAAUAAUUAAAAUGUGAAGAAUAUUUUAUAAAUAAAAAGACUUGUCAAAAAAUAGUAACAGAAGGAUAAAUUUGUAUUUGGAAUAAUUCUAUAAAUAUGUGUAAAAAUUAUGUAGAUAAUUUUCCAGCUUGUUAUAUUUUUAAAGAAAGUAAUAGUAAGACAUGUUCAAGUUUAAUAUAUAAAAAUAAAAAUGAAUUAACAACAGAUUAUUUUUGUGUUUAUGAGAAUAAUAAAUGUGAAUCAAGAUUAGAAUAUUAAAUUGAUUGUGGAGAGAAUUUAAUAAUGAAUAUUCAUUACUGUAGUUGGAUGACAGGAAUUGAUUAAGAUGGUUAACAUGUUUAAAUGUGUGCUUUUGUAGAUUAUAAAUGUAUUUAAUUGAUGGAAGAUGAUAGUAUGGAUACAGAAAUAAUAUUAAAUAGUAUAAAUUGUGAAUAGGCAAAUUCAAAGAGUUGUUAUAAAGUGAAAACAGUAGGAUAAUAUUGUUAUAAUACUUCUACAAUUUUGAGUAAUAAGUAAUUAGAUUAUGGAUGUAAGAGAUGGGAACGCAGUGAAAUUUAUUGUUAUGAAUUAAUUUAUUAUGUAAGUGAUAUAAAUUAAUUUAAUGCAAAUAUAUGUUCUUUAGCAUUAAAUGAGUGUAUAUAUGAUUCAAUAUAAGGUUGUAUAACUCCUUCUAGUAAGGCUAUAUUUAAUUGUGAGGAUGUUGGUUUAUCUCAAAGGGUAUGUAAUAGAUAAACAAAAGAUCGUAGAUGCGGAUUUAUUAAUUAAAUUUGUUAAUAUCUACCAGAAUAUUAAAUAUUUAUGGGAAACUGUAAUUUACUUAAUUAAUUUGCUUGUAAUUCAUCUGCAUUUAUUUAAUGUAUUUGGGAUAUUAAAUCUAGGAUUUGUAAAUCAUUAUAAUUGAGUAGUAUUAAAUAAAUUUCAAGUGAUUAUUUCUGUUCUGCAGAUCAAAGUGAUGUAUUUAUUUUAAACGGAUAAACUUAAUGUAUUUAGAUAGAGAAAUCUAAUUAUAAUUUAUAUUCUUGCGAUACUGCAGGUUUGAAUAAAUAUGGUUGUCAUUCUUUACCUACUUAAUAUUGUUAAUAUUUGAAUAAUUAAUGCUAAUUUUAUAAAUCAAUCUAAUGUGAAGAUUAUAUCUAUGAAUGUAAUGCUAAUAACUCUAAUGAUUAAUAUUGUGUAUUUAAAGAUAAUAAAUGUUUUUCUAUUGCAAAUACAUCAUUUAAUUGUGAUUCAUUUGAAAAAACUAAUUAUCUGUUUUGUUAUUAAUAUACAAAUUGUAUAUACAAAGAUUCUUAAUGUUAAUAAGUUAGAGAAUAUCAGAAAUAUUAAAAUUGUUAAAGUAUUAAUAAUAUUACAAAUUGUACUGUUCAAAACAGUUAAUUAAAAUGUUAAUAUUCAUAAUCUUGUAAUGAUUUAAACUCAUAAUUAUUAAUAUGUCCUUCACUUAAAGGAUAUUAUUCAAGAAAUGCAUGUAAUUAUUUUGAUAAUUGUUAAUAUGGAUAUACAAAAAGUGGUUAUGGUUUCUGUUUUAAUGGAUCAAGUAUAAUUGAAUUAACUUGUGAUUUAUUAUCUUAUGAUUUAUGUUUAGAAGAUUUAUCACAUUUAAAUAUUAAUUUAAAAUGUUAUUGGGAUUAGAUAUGUAAGAAUGUUGAGAAUGAGAAUAUAAAUAAAUGUAAUGAUUUAUUGUAAUAUAAAUCCAGUUAUGCUGCUUGUAUACAUUUCAAUAAUAUUGAUUGUAAAUAUUCUUUUAAUGAUAAGAAAUGUAAAUUAGUGAAUGAAUACAUAGAUAUUUCUUGUUUUGGAUCUUCUAAAUUAGAAUGUGAUUAGAUAAAAUAGAUUUGUUAUUAUAAUAAUAACAUAUGUACUACAUCUGGAAAUGAUGAAUAAAUUAAUAAAUAUGGAUGUAUUAAUAAAUCAGGUUAUUAUUAAUAUCGCCAAGGAAAUUGCAUAUUAUUAUAAACUAUUAAUUAUUAAUAAUCUUGUCAAAAUCUAUCAAAAGAUGCUUGCCUCAGUUAAAUUACUAAAGAAAUUCAUUGUAGAUGGAUAAAUUAAAAUUGUUAAUAAGUACUUAAAUAAGAAAACAAAAUGAUUAAUUCAUGUUAAGAUUUAAAUCAAAGAGUUUGUUAAUAAAUAGUUUUAUCUAAUGUUCAAUGUGUGUGGAAUUCUGAAACAUCGAUUUGUGAAACUAUAACAAUUACUAAUUUUGAUUGCACUAUCAUAAAUUAAUCUAUCAGCACAUCUAUUAGUUUAUGUAGUAGUCAAAUUAAUUCUAAUUGUAUUAAACAUAUAGAUGGAACCUAAUGUAAUAUUAUUUCUAAUAAAAUUAAUUCAUGUACUCUUUAUGGAUUGAAUUAGAAUGCUUGUCUUACAUUAACUACUAAACCAUGUAUAUGGAAACUAUUAAAUAAUGGAGGUUAUUGUGAUGAUGCUAAUCUAUAUUAAUCUUAAUGUGAAGAUCUUAUUAAUGAAUAAGCUUGUCUCAAUAUAAAAAAUAUAAAUUAAUAUUGUAAAUGGAAUAAUAACUUAAAUAUUUGUUAAUUUUAAUAAAUUACUAAUUGUAUAUCAGCUAGUCAUUUAAAUUAAGCUAUUCCAUGUAAAGCUGUUCUAAAUUAAUCUUGUUAAUAUAAUUAAUUAAUUAAUCAAUGUGAAAUUAUUUAGAAUACUCCAACAGAAUGCUCUGAAUCAUAUAAUUAAUUUGCUUGUAUCUAAUCCAUUAAAGGAUGUGUAUGGAAUUUAAACUCAUGUUAUUAAUAAACAAUAUCUAAUUGUAAUCUCUUUUUAAAUAAAUUUGUUUGUCUAAAUAAUAAUUAAGUAUCUUGUUAAUGGAUAAAUAAUCUAUGUUAACCAUUUUCAUUAAUAUAACCAAAGAUUUAUUGUGUCAAUUUACCAUAACAACUUAAUUAAUAUGCUUGUUAAAUUAAUGCUAUAGAUCCUUGUAAUUUAAAUUUUAAAUUGGAAAUUUGUAUACCAUUGUAAUAAUAUUCAUCUAAUUUUAAUAAUUAUGUUUCUGUCUCAGAAUUAUUAUCAAUAUCAAAUUUAGAUUACCCAUAACCAUUGUUAUACAAUCAUUGUAUCAAUUUAUAAACUAAAGAAUAUUGUAUUAAAUCAAGAAUGCAAAAUUAAGCAUGUUUUUGGUCUUAUUCAUGCUAAACUGCUACAAAUUUUGAUUUAUUAAAAUGUUCAGAUUCUUUGAAUAUUUUUGCAUGUUUAAAUAUCACAAAUAGUAAUUAACUUUGUUAUUGGAAUUAAAAAUGUUUAAAUUGGUCUACUGAUAAUCCUAUUAUGUCAAAUGUUAAUAUUAAUGUUUGUAUCAAUCAUAGUGUAAAUAGUAUAUAUUCAAAUUAUUCUUGUUAAAAUUAAGAUCUUCAUUUAAUAAAAUGUAAUUCACUUGGAAUAAGUAAAUAAACUUGUUUAUCUAUUCCUAAUAAACCAUGUUAAUGGGACAAAUAAUUCAAUAAAUGUUUAGAAUUUAUUUAAGAUAAUCUAAAAAAUUAAUGUUCAGAUUUCUAAUUAGUAUCACCUUAUGUUUGUUAAAUACUAUAAAAUUAUGCUUGUAUUUAUGAUAAUAAUACAUUCAGUUGUAUUUAAACAAUAAAAAAUAAUUCAUUAAUAGGUAUAUCUAAAUCAGCAUGUCUGUAAAAUGAUUAUAAACCUAUUUAUUGGAAUGAAUUAAAUUAAUGUGAAGAAUUGAUUACACCUAUUAAUUGUAAUUCUUAAUUAAAAGUUAAUUCUAUUGCAUGUUAAAGUAUUACAGAUAUAGCUUGCUUAUAUAAUAACUAAUUAAAUUAAUGUGUUAGUUAAUUUAAUAUUUGGUCACUUAAAUGCAAUUCUGUUGGUUUAAAUUUAAAAGGAUGUAGUUUAGUUUAAAAUGAACCAUGCAUCUUUUUAAAUAAUAAAUGCUAAAAUUUUAUUGAUUAUGAAUCUAAUUGUAUAAUGAUUAAAAAUGUUAAUGCUUUAGCUUGUGCAUCUAUUAUCCAUUCAAAUUGUAUUUAUGAUUCUAUUAGAUUAUAAUGUGAUGUACCAAUCUAUUCAUCUGAUAUUUGUAAUAUUCCAGGUAAAAAUAAGAAUUUUUGUGAAAGUAAUUCACUUUGUAAAUGGAAUUAAGAAAUUUUAAAUUGUUAAUGUAAUGAAUAUUAAUAAGAAAUAUGUAAAAUAGAAAAUAAAAAUGAUUGUAAAUCAAAUCCAAAUUGUUAUUUCAAUGGUAAUAAUUGUAUCAGAAAAUAAUGUAAUCAUUUAACAACAGAUAUAUGUACAGCAUAUUUAGAUGGUUAAACAUGUUAUUUAAAUAUUUAUAAUGAAUGUCAAUCAGCAAUUAAAUGUGAAGAUAUUUUUGAAUCAAAAUUACCAUGUUCUUAAUUUUCUUUUAAUUCUAUUUAAUGUAUAUAGGUAGGUAAUACAUGUGUUUAAUAAAAUAAUCUAUAAACAUAUUGUUUAUACUCUGAUUGUUCCAAUCCUAAUUGCAUCUAUUAAUUUGGUAUCUGUAAAUCAAGAACAUGUUCUGAUUACAAUAUACACAAUUGUAAUUAACAAAGAGAUUGUUAUUUAGAUCCAAAUAAUAUUUGUUAAAUAUUAACUUCAUGUUCUUUAAUAAAUAAUUAUGGAGAAGAAGCUAUGAAUAUUUGUAAUUAACUAACUUUUUAAGGUUAUAGAUGUAAUUGGUAGAAAAUAUCCUUAUUAGAUGAAACAAGAGUUUGUACUAAUUAACCUUGUCUUUUGUAUGGAUCAUCUAAAAAUUUAUGUCAUGGAAAUGAAAUUAAUGGAUAUUCUUGUGUUUUAUCUGCUUCUUUAAUAUGUUAAUAAUGUGAAUAAAUUACAGAAAAAUGUUAAUGUGAAAAUCAGUUCAAAAUUUGUACUUUUUUAAAUGGAAAAUGUAUUUCAAUCCCAUGUACAUCCUUUCUUACUAAAAAAUAAUGUGAAGAAGUCUAAAACCGUUGUUAUUGGAGUACUUAAAUAAAAGAAGAUAAUUCUAUUGUUGAAAUGUGUGUUAAAGAAUGCAUUAAAAUUAUUGAUUCAGAUGAAUGUAAUGCUAGAACUAAAGAAUGCUAUUAUGAACCAUUAAUGAUGAAAUGUUAAUAAGGUCAAAAAUAAGUUAUUAAUUUAAGUAAAGAUAUUAUAAUUGAAGAAUUCUAUUCCCAUGUUAUUAAUUUUAUGAUUAUUAUUCUUAUUUUAUUUUUAUGA